UCACCUGCAUGGCCUCCUUCUGCGCCGAGCACCUGCGGCCGCACAAGGAGAGCCCGGCCUUCCGCGACCACCAGCUGUGCCCGCCGCUGCCCGACCUGCAGCAGCGCAAGUGCGCGAGCCACAACAAGCUGCUGGAGCUCUUCUGCAGGGAGCACGCGACCUGCAUCUGCUCCACCUGCAUCCUGAGCCACCGGCUGUGCCACACCACCCCGCUGCAGCAGGCCAGGGAGGAGGCCGAGGCAGAGCUGAAGAAGAAGCUGACGCAGACCCAGAACCAGAGCAGAAGGGCUGCUCAGACGGUGACCCUUGUGAAGGAAAACCAAAGCCACACUGCUAGAGCAGCUGCACUGCAACAAGUGACUACAAAAGAUGUAUUCACCCCCAAAAUAGAAAUGGACCAAAGCCUGAUAGAUCCUGCUUAUCAGUCUGCCAUUAACAUUAAAGAAACUGUGAAACUUGCAGUGACUCAGUCCUUGGACAAAAGCGCAGAAGCACCAAAACCAGCAGCACCAAAUGCUGCAGCUGCUGCUGCAACAAAACAGCUGAUUGAGAGCUUUCUGAAGAAGCCCAGGGAGGAGCUUUUGCAGUAUGCCGCUAGCAUCACCCUGGAUUACAACACGGCUCACAACCAAGUGGUUCUGUCUGACAACUACACCAAGAUGUGUGUGUCCGAAACCCCCCUGAAUUACAGCGACCACCCGCAGCGCUUCACCUAUUGCUCCCAAGUGCUGGGGUUCCAGUGCUUCAAGAGAGGCAUCCACUACUGGGAGGUGGAUCUGCAGCACAGCAACUUCUGCGGCAUCGGCGUCUGCUACGGGAGCAUGAAGCGGCAGGGCGCGGAGAGCCGCCUGGGCCGGAACAGCCGCUCCUGGUGCAUCGAGUGGUUCAGUAACAAGAUUUCGGCCUGGCACGACGACGUUGAGAAGUGCCUACCCAACACAAAGGCCAGCCGCGUCGGCGUGCUGCUGCACUGCGACCAAGGCUUCGUGAUCUUCCUGGCCGUUGGGGAAAGGCACAACUUGAUCUACAAGUACAAAACCCAGUUCACUGAAGCGCUGUAUCCUGCCUUCUGGGUCUUCUCCAGCGGCACUGUUCUCUCCCUGUGUCAGCUGAAACCCUAACGU